GGAUCAGGGACUGGGGCAGUCUGUUUUGCGCUGAGCAAGUGUGACUGAGUCUUAGGCGAGACCGGGAACGGGGUGCUGAUGAGGUGGCGGAGCGUGUCACUUAAGUUGAGUGGGGCGGGUCUUUGUGGGGCCUCUGGCUGGACUGCCCCAGCUGCUGUAUGGGGGUGGGGGCGCGAAUAUGUUACCCAAGUAAAUUCCGAACCUGCCUCAUCUUAUUGCCCCUUUUUUCCUGUGCAAUAAGGAUGUAUUGUGCUCCGGUGGAGUGAGAAGCAAGGCCUGGGAAGUAAAGUUUCAGAUAAUGGGCGGACAAAAGCGUAGGUGUACUUAAGGGUGAUAAAAGGGAAACGGAAUGGGCUCAGAGGAAGAAAGGUUGGGCAGUGUGACGUGUUCAGUUGACGUAAGUUCAGAAUACCAUUGCUGUGCUACAGAAAAAUCACUGGUGCCUCUUGCCGGUUGAACGCCUUUGGAGAAGUCUGGAAGAAGCAGAUUUCUAUCCCAGAGCCACUUUCCUCAUUUCAUUACUGUAGUUUCUGGUAUAUAUUUUGCUCACAAAAUCAGUUGUUUUAAUAUAUGACAGGAAAAGGAGACGUUGCAGUACUUUUUUGUAGUAAAAAAUAGUCAAUACUAGUAUCUGCUUUUUGCAUAAAACAAAUGUAAUAGGGAACAGUUCCUAUUUAAUAUUCACAUGGCACUUAUUACAUGCAGAGCAUUGUAUCAAGCAUUUAUGGAGCACUUGCCAUGUACUUUUAUUGGAAUAUUUUCUGUAAUCCUCACCUUCAUCAUUUUGUAGGUAGGAAAACUGAGGAUUGGAAAGGUUCAUUGACUGACCUAAGGUUACAUGGGGAGUGAGUCUGAACUCAAACUUGAAUAGUCUGUUCCCUAACUUUUUACAAUACUUUCUCUCCUUAAUUAUAGAAUUUUGUGAUUUUUCUACUGAGCUUAGUCUAUUUAGUGAAGCAGAAUUUUUAAUAGGCAGCCUGCUGAAGAUCAGUGGGAACAUACAAAUAUAUAACAAUAGUCCUGUCCAAAAGGAACUCUAUAGGGAAACAAGACUAUCAUACAUGAAAUAAUAGUACACAAACAUGGAAGAUAAUAGAGUUUUAUAUACCAAGAGCAACUUUGACAAGAGAAAAUUUAAUGUGAAAUCCACAUUGAUAUUUGUUGCCCACUCCAAUCAAGGUUUGUAGACUACAAGGGAAAUUCUUCCUUUUUAUAAACUUAAAAGUUUAUAAAAGAUAAUUUCAGAAUGUCUAGCAAGGAAGUGAAGACUGCUCUCAAAAGUGCUAGAGAUGCAAUAAGAAACAAAGAAUAUAAAGAAGCCUUGAAACAUUGUAAGACAGUGUUAAAACAAGAGAAAAAUAACUAUAAUGCCUGGGUUUUUAUUGGUGUUGCUGCAGCUGAGCUAGAACAACCUGAUCAGGCCCAGGGUGCCUAUAAGAAAGCUGUUGAACUAGAACCAAACCAAUUACUUGCUUGGCAGGGGUUAGCAAGCUUAUAUGAGAAAUGUAAUCACAUAAACGCUAAGGAUGACUUACCUGGUGUUUACCAAAAACUCCUGGAUCUUUAUGAAAGUGUUGACAAACAGAAGUGGUGUGAUGUUUGUAAGAAACUUGUGGAUCUGUAUUACCAGGAAAAGAAACACAUAGAGGUUGCCCGGACAUGGCACAAAUUGAUAAAGACACGGCAGGAGGAAGGUGCGGACAACCAAGAACUUCAUCAGUUGUGGAGGAAAUUGACUCAGCUGCUGGCUGAGAGUAAUGAAGAUCAGAAUAAUGAGACCCAGCAAUUGCUUCUAACUGCUUUUGAAAAUGCUCUGGACUUAUCAGAUGAGAUUCCUAGUGACGAUCACCAAGUACUUUAUAAACAGUACAUUCAGUGUCUAUCCAAAUUUCCUCAUGAGACUGCUAGGUUGAAGAAAGCCUGUGAAGGAAUGAUAAACAUCUAUCCCACUGUACAAUAUCCAUUAGAAGUGCUUUGUUUGCAUUUAAUUGAAACAGGAAAUCUUACUGAGGAGGGGCAGCAGUAUUGUUGCAGACUAGUAGAAAUGGAUUCAAAAAGUGGUCCAGGCCUCAUUGGUUUAGGCAUUAAAGCUUGGCAGGACAAAAAGUAUGAAGAUGCUGUUAGGAAUUUAACACAAGGGUUAAAGGAAAGUCCCCUCUGCACAACUGGAUGGUAUCAUCUGGCAGAAACUCAAGUCAAAAUGCAUAGACCUAAGGAAGCUGUUCUAUCAUGCAAUCAAGCUCUGAAGAAACUAGAUAAUAUUAGUGACUCUGGUGGCAGUCUUCAUCAGAAGAACCUUUGUCUUCGUUUGAAAGCAGAGGCUUUGAUUAAACUCUCAGAUUAUGAAUCUUCAGAAGAAGCAAUUCAUACUCUUGAUCAGGUUUCUGAUGCAAAUAAUAUCCCAGGACUUCUGGUUCUCAAAAGCUUGGCCUAUCUGAACAAAGGCUCAUUAGAUGAAGCUUCAAAGAUCAUGGGAGACCUUCUCUCUUCUUACCCUGACCUAACUGAAGCUCAUGCCCUGGAGGCUUUAAUACAUUUUACCAGAAAGGACUAUCCACAAGCAGAAAAAUGUUUUCAGAGAGCCCUUGAAAAAGAUGCUGAAAAUGCUGAAUAUCAUUACCAGCUCGGAUUGACAUAUUGGGCCAUGGGGGAAGAAACAAGAAAAGAUAAAACAAAGGCUCUUACUCAUUUUCUGAAGGCUGCCAAACUGGAUCCAUACUUGGGGAAAGUUUUUUACUACUUAGGGCAUUAUUACAGAGAUAUAGUAGGAGAUAAAAACAGAGCCCGUGGAUGUUACAGGAAGGCUUUUGAAUUAGAUGAUGCAGAUGCAGAAUCUGGAGCUGCAGCUGUUGACUUAAGCGUGGAGCUUGAAGAAAUGGAAACUGCCUUAGCUAUCCUAACAACAGUAACUCAAAAGGCAAGUGCGGGAACAGCGAAAUGGGCCUGGCUUAGGCGAGGACUAUACUAUUUGAAAGCUGGUCAACAUUCUCAAGCAGUGGCUGAUUUACAGGCAGCAUUAAGGGCAGACCCAAAGGACUUUAAUUGUUGGGAGUCAUUAGGAGAGGCAUACUUAAGCAGAGGUGGCUAUACAACAGCCUUGAAAUCCUUCACAAAAGCCAGUGAGCUGAACCCAGAAUCCACAUACAGCGUGUUUAAGGUUGCAGCAAUACAGCAAAUCCUAGGCAAAUAUAAGGAGGCUGUAGCUCAAUACCAGCUGAUCAUUAAAAAGGAAGAAGACUAUGUACCUGCUUUGAAAGGUCUGGGUGAAUGCUAUCUCAUGAUGGCAAAAGGAGCUCUAGUUGAUUAUCUUGAUGGGAAAGCUGUAGACUACAUAGAAAAAGCCCUGGAGUAUUUUACUUGGGCUCUGCAGCAUCGAGCUGAUGUGUCUUGCCUUUGGAAGUUAGUCGGGGAUGCUUGUACCAGUCUGUCUGCUGUCUCACCAUCUAAAGUGAAUGUUAAUGUUUUAGGAGUCCUUCUAGGUCAGAAAGAAGGAAAACAAGUAUUGAAGAAAACUGAGCUCCUCCAUCUUGGAGGAAGGUGUUAUGGUCGUGCUUUAAAGCUGAUGUCUACCUCUAAUACGUGGUGUGAUCUUGGAAUUAAUUAUUAUCGCCAGGCACAACAUCUAGCAGAAACAGGCAGCAACACAAAUGAUCUUAAAGAGUUGUUGGAGAAAUCUUUACAUUGUCUGAAAAAAGCAGUGAGACUCGACAGUAAUAACCACUUAUACUGGAACGCUCUUGGUGUGGUUUCAUGUCACGGUGGUAUUAGAAAUUAUGCUCUUGCUCAACAUUGUUUCAUCAAAUCAAUCCAAUCAGAACAAAUUAAUGCUGUUGCAUGGACCAACUUGGGAGUGUUAUACCUUGCAAAUGAAAACAUUGAGCAAGCUCAUGAAGCUUUCAAAAUGGCUCAGUCCCUUGAUCCAUCUUACUUAAUGUGCUGGAUUGGACAAGCUCUUAUUGCAGAAACAGUUGGAAGUUAUGAUACCAUGGAUCUCUUCAGGCACACUACAGAACUCAGUAUGCAUACUGAGGGAGCAAUAGGUUAUGCCUAUUGGGUCUGUACAACAUUGCAAGAUAAAAGCAACAGAGAGACAGAGCUGUUCCGGUACAACAUCCUCCAGAUGAAUGCUAUUCCAGCAGCACAAGUUGUUUUGAAUAAAUACAUAGAAAGAAUUCAGAACUAUGCUCCUGCUUUCACAAUGUUGGGUUAUUUAAAUGAACAUCUACAACUGAAAAGGGAAGCAGCAGAUGCAUACCAGCGGGCAAUUUUGUUAUUAAAGACUGCAGAAGAUCAAGAUAUGUAUAAUGUUACAGUAAGAAAUUAUGGAAGAUUGUUAUGUUCCAUUGGUGAAUAUGAUAAAGCUAUCCAGGCUUUCAAGUCAAUACCCCUUGAAGAGUUAGAAGACAUCACAGGUUUUGCAUUGGCUUUAUUUAUGAAGGGGCUGUAUAAAGAAAGCAGCAAAGCCUAUGAGAAAGCCUUGUCCAUUGUGGAAUCAGAGCAAGACAGAGCCCAAAUAUUGACUGCUCUGGCAAUCACAGAGUAUAAACAAGGAAAAAUGGACGUAGCAAAGACAUUGCUAUUCAAAUGCUCUAUUUUAAAGGAACCAACCACAGAAAGCCUUCAAUCCCUGUGUGCUCUAGGAUUAGCAAUGCAGGAUGCUACAUUAUCAAAAGCAGCACUCAAUGAGCUACUGAAACACAACAAACAGAAAGACAGUAAUUAUCAGAGGUGCCUUCUUACUGCAGCGAUUUAUGCACUGCAGGGCCGCAGUGUGGCAGUGCAGAGACAAGCAUCUAAAGCUGUUCACAGUAACCCAGCUGAUCCUGCUCUUUGGUCUUUGUUGUCUCGAGUGGUUGCUCAGUAUGCCCAAAAAAAUGCCAAGGGAGGUGCUGUCGCUGGAAAUGUGGCUCAUGUUCUAGACUCAAAUCAUGGAAAGAAGGCAUUAGUUUACACUGCAGUAAAUCAGUUGGCCAUGGGAAGCAGUUCAACAGAAGAUAAAAAAAAUACUGCACUAAAGACCAUUCAGAAAGCAGCUCUUCUUUCUCCAGGUGAUCCUGCUGUCUGGGCCGGGCUAAUGGCAGCUUGUCAUGCUGAUGAUAAGCUGGCUUUAGUGAACAACACUCAACCAAAGAGGAUGGAUUUGUACUUAGCACUGUUAUCUGCUGUUUCUGCUUCAAUUAAAGACAAAGAAUCCUUUGAAAAUUACAACCAAUCUCUAGAAAAAUGGUCUCUCUCCCAAGCUGUCACUGGUCUAACAGACACAGGAAGGAUAUCAGAAGCUGAAGCCCUCUGCACCAAGAAUUUAAAAAGUAAUCCUGAUCAGCCAGCUGUUAUCUUACUUUUGAGACAAGUUCAGUGUAAAGCACUCCUGGAGUCACAAAAGCCUCUCCCAGAUGCUGUGCUUGAAGAACUACAAAAAACAGUAAUGUCCAACUCAACUUCUGUUCCAGCUUGGCAGUGGCUUGCACACAUAUAUCAGUCCCAAGGAAUGAUGGGUGCUGCAGAGAUGUGCUAUCGAAAAAGCCUGCAAGUAGCAUCCCAGCAGGGCAGUUGGAGUGGGAAGCUCUCAAGUCUGCUGAAACUAGCACUGCUUGCAUUAGAAGUCUGCAUGGCUAAUAUUUCCAAUGACCACUGGCCAUCCUUAGUUCAAGAAGCUACAACUGAAGCCUUAAAACUUUGCUUUUGUCCACUGGCUGUUCUUUUGCAAGCUUUGUUACAGUUCAACCGCAAAAUGGGAGCUAGGGAGACAAGGCGGCUAUUGGAGAGAGUAGUGUAUCAGCCUGGAUAUCCCAAAUCUAUUGUAUCAACUGCACGUUGGUACCUACUGAGACACUUACAUGCCAAGAAUGACUACGAGCUCAUUGAUGUGCUGAUAAACAAUGCCCAAACUCACGGAGAUACAAGAACUUUGGAACUUAAUCAGAAAUUAUCCUCACAAUAACAUGCAUUAUUUUAUACUUAGCAAGCAAAGAAAAAGCUUUCAGAAAAAGUAAAACAAUAAUCAGAACCUUUCCCUAAAGCAACAUUUUUUAAAACUGUAGUUAGAAUCAUGCAUUCCUUUUUAAGUCUUUAGGUAUAAAAAAAAGUCAUAAACUAGGGAUGUAAUUUUCCACUAGCUCCUAAUCUGCCUUUAAUCUGAAAAACAUCUUUGAUUUUGGGAAAUCCAUAAUGAAAAGAAAACCAUGAUUUCCUUAGUCAUUCAAAUAAUUUAAGUCACUGAAGUUACAGGUUAUUUGUAUUAUUUUCUCAUCUUACAUGGUACAUGAUAGGAUAUGUUUUUGUAAUCCCUUACAAUAAAGCCUUAAUAGCCAUAUUUCUAAACAAUAUGCAAAAGCAUAUUAGCACAAUGCAGAAUUUCAUUUAUUAAAAAACAAAUUGAAAGAUUUAACUUAAUUCCUUCUGUGAAUUCUAGAGUUCAGCAGACCAACUCAUCACAAAAUCCCAAUAAUCUUACAAGCUAUUUUACUAGUAGCUCAAUCUCAGUUUCUGUUGAAAAAGUAUAAUAUAAAUGUUGGUGAGUGUCAAGACUGCUGAUGGAUAUGUUUAUAUAAUUUAAAACACUCAAGCGUAUGGCUGCAUUUUAAAAAUUAAUGGAGAGUAAUGCUGACAGUAUUUAAUUGAUCAUGCAGUUACUUCAAUUAUGUUGAAAACUUGAACUUCCUGGGAAAAAAAGGAAAAAACAAGCGUCUUAUUUCUUUAUAGUAUCAAUAUCAAAUAUCAGAUAUAAAUUCUAAAUUUCAAAUUUUAAAACUUGAAAGUACGAUAGCUAUUUUAUUUUUUCAAAAAUCCCUUUAUAUAUCUGAAGAAAACUAUGUUGCUGACUUUGGAUCUGUGGUUUAAAAAGACAUUUUCAGGCAUUUACAUAUAAUUUAUUGAAUGAAAAUGUGGUUGUGUAAUAUAUGCCUGUAGUUUUUUCUAAACAAGUAGCUCCAUCAUGUUGCUUUGUGAGAUUAUACAAAUUGAUAAUAUUCUGUAAUUAGAUUGUAGUUCAGAGGUUAAUCUGUUGAACUAACUACAGUUUGGUGAAUCCCCAAAUUUGACUGAAUUUUGUUCACACCUAUGCAAUCAAAAUCUUUAAGGAGGAGACCUAGGACUCUGCACUUUAAAGGUAGCCUGAGAAACUCUAAUGUUCAUUUAGGUUUUUGAGCCACUGAAUUAAUCCAAUGAUGAUUCUUUACUUUCUUUAGCAAGAUCAAACACUUGCCAUUCACUGCCCAUAUCUUCCUUAUACUCACAACCGUGAAACUGAAUCAGUGCUUUUAAUAAUGACAGAUUUAUCUGGAGAUAUAUUGCAAGAGGUUGCCUGUGCAGUGCUGGUGCCUGUGCCCUCCUGCUUCCUCAGGAAAGCACUUCAGCCUUUGCCUCCAGAAUAAGCUGGCUCCCUCUGCUUAAAGGCUUAGGAUUCAGUUUAUGUUCUCCAUCUGCCUUCUGGGGUGUCAUUUGCUUCACAGGGGUACUUUGACUCACACUAUGGACUUGGUUAGCCUUUGUUCAGGCCUGAAAUCAAGGGGUAGACUUGACUCUCUUGCUUCCAGGGACUUCAUACCUAGUGUUCUAGAAGGGAAGAUUGGAAAACACCUUAGUUAAUACCAGCUCAGGUAAUUCUUUUUUGCAUGAUGUAGACACAUUCUCUCUUUUGUUUGCUACAUUCUCUUUAAAUUGCUGCCCAGUUACUGUGAGCUCCACUCCUAACCAUGUAAUUUUUACAGAGCUUACUUCAUGUCCUAUCUGUGCUAAGUGUUAAAAAUAUUGUCAUUUUAUUCUAAUUAGUAAAGGAGAGUGGUGCUAAUGGCAUGCUUAAAACAAACACAAUGCUAAUGGAAUCAAUGCUAUGAAAAUCUAAGAACUUUAAAAAUGACCACAAUUUUCCUUUAGAUUUUAUACUAAGUUUGAGAAAUUACAUGCAAACUUGUUUCUGGAGGUACCAACAUUUAGCAUUCCUAUUAAGUAUUUUAUUAUUUUCGAGAAUUAGAUUUUAUUUUCUGCUUUUUUAUCCACCAUUUAGCUAUUGAUUAUUUUGAUGUUUAUAGGUUAAUUUGGUAUCUGAUUAUCACUUCCUGUGGGAGAAAUACAUCUCAUAAGUAAACUUUUAGGACAAUCUCUUUGUUUGGGAUCACUUGUCCUAUAUCUUGAAGAUCCUUGCAGUAAUUUCUGGUCAGGAGAAGAAAACCUUAGUUUGAAAUGCUAUGCUCUUUUUUCAUUUUACAAAUUGAGUUGACAAACUUCUUUUAAUUACUAGGAAUAGAAUUGGAUAGAAGAAAUACUCAGAUUGUGUAAGGAGGGAAUUCAAAGAUGUGUUUCAAAACAGUACGAAACAUUAGUUAGAUAAAUAUUUUUGCUAUGUAAUACUUGCACAUGAAAGCACGUGCCAUAGAAAGUUUGAUUUCUGCUUUGUGGAAAUUUGAUGGGAACAUAAAACAAUUUUAUAUCUGAGUCAGUAUUAACUUGCAGAGCCAUUUCAGUUUUUGCUCACUAGAAAAUAUGGGAACUUUGUUUUAGCAAAAUUGACCCCUUUUUCUUGGUGUUUCCUUUCUCCCACUUUAGCUGAUGUUGGAUAGAAUACUGCUCAGAUUCUUGUGCUGUUUGUAACAAAGCACACUCAGCUGCUGCUUACAAACUGACCUUUAGUUUUCAGUGAGAUUUUUUUGUUUUGUUUUGCUUUUUCUUUUGUGGGAAGAUACUUGUAUCACAUACAAAUAUAGUAAUCUCCAUUGUUAAGAUCACUCAUGGUGUCUAGCUGUCCCUGUGCUAUCUAAUAAUGGGUUUCCUUUCUUUGGCUGAUUAGAAUAGGAACUUUAGAAUACUAUUUUGAAUUCUAAUGUACAUAAACAACUACCCUAUACAAUUGUAAUUUUUUUUAUAAAUGCUAAAGUAUCUUUAGAUCACAAACUAUUUUGAAGUAAGAAAUUUAUGGACAAAAACAAAACAAAAACAAAACAAAAAAAAAAGAAAUUUAUGGAAAGUUAUCUCUUUAACAAAAAGCCCUAAUAAACAUUUAAAAUAUUUUUUUCUUGUAUUUUGCACUUAGAUUGUAAAUGCUUGUUUUGAAGGGAAAUGAUGUCGGGGAGGGGGGAUGGGUAAUUAAAAUUGUAGUCACUGAAAAUAGGGUUGUGUUCCAUAUUAUAUCACUGAACCAUUGAAAUAAUUUGCAUGUCUUGGUCUCUCCUGAGUUUGAAAUAGUGAAAAGGUUCAUUUGAGCUUCAUGCUUUACCUGUAUAGGAUGCCUAUUAUUUAAAAUAAUUUAAAUUAUUAAUUUUUCUACAGAGAAGAUGGGUAAUGAAAAAAAUGCUUACCUUGCUAUUUCCACU